AUGUCCGCUAAGCUGCCAACCGUGUCCACCUCAGCCGACGAGUCCUCGAGGUCCUUCGACCAUGACAGUGUGAGGACCAAGGGCGAAAACGAUGGCGUGGCACGCCGCGACGCAGCCGAGUCUCUGGACCCGGGGCUCGCAAUCCAACAGACGCAGCGCACGGAAUCGGUCCUUGGGGAUACACUUUUACGGCUUCUACGAAUCCGCAAGGGACCUAGGAAGCAGGAGUACGACCUUGACGCAAUUGCCACCCAGCCCAGUAUCUGGGACUCUGAGAACAACGAGGAGUACAAGCGCUUGUAUAUCCAUCCCAAGUGGGAGAACUGGAGCGCGUUCGAUCCCAGCUUCCGAUGGACAUGGCGCGAGGAGAGGGCUAGCGCAGAACGCAAGCUAAUCUUCCAGGUCUGGGUCUGUAUCAUGUUUUCUGCGCUCAAUAUUGACCGAAGUAACAUUUCCAACGCCGUCUCGGACAACAUGCUCGACGAUCUGGGACUCACGCACGCUGAUUACAACACUGGCCAAACUAUUUCCCGAGUUGGCUUCCUCAUUGCUGAGCUUCCAUCUCAGAUAAUCUCCAAACGAAUUGGCCCCGAUAUGUGGAUUCCUGUUCAGAUUUGCAUCUUCAGCGUUAUCUCUGCCCUGCAAUUCUUCCUCAAUGGACGGGCUUCUUUCCUCGCUACCCGCUACCUGAUUGCGACAUUCCAGGGUGGCUUCAUCCCUGACACCAUUCUGUACCUCAGUUACUUCUACACGAGCACAUCGCUUCCCGCGCGACUGGCCUGGUACUGGGUGUCUUCGGAAGUCGUUGAUAUUGUUACUGGAUUCGCUGCUGUCGGUCUUUUGUCCAUGCGCGGUAUACUGGGCUACGCGGGUUGGCGAUGGUUGUUUCUCAUUGAGGGAUGUUUGACUUUCUUGAUUGGUGUUGCCUCGUUCUUCCUCAUGCCUCAAUGUCCGACUAAGACCAAGAGCUGGUGGAAUCCAAAAGGCUAUUUCACGGAGCGGGAAGAGAAGAUCAUUGUCAAUUCAGUGAUCCGCGACGACCCCCAAAAGGGAGGAAUGUACAACCGCCAAGGUGUCUCUGUCCGCCAGAUCUGGGAGUGCAUUAAAGACUACGAUAUGUGGCCACUAUAUGUCCUGGGCUUACUCUUUGGCCUUCCGAAAUACCCUGUGAACCAAUAUCUCACUCUGUCGUUCCGGAAACUCGGAUUCAGCGUCAUCCAGACCAACCUGCUGUCGAUUCCGUACAUUGUCGGUGCUAGUCUCACCAUGCUACUCAUUACGGCCUUCAGUGAACUGGUCAACAACCGAAGCUUUGUAGCGAUGGCGGAAGAUGCAUGGUUGUUGCCAUGUUUUGUCGCUUUGAUCGCGUUGCCAAAUCCAAUUAGUCCGUGGGUGUACUUCGCCAUCGCCACGGUGUUGCUGUCGUUCCCUUACACUCAUCCAAUUCAAGUUGCGUGGACGAGUAGGAACGCAGGAUCAGUGCAAAACAGAACUAUAUCUGCUUCUCUGUACAACAUGUGGGUUCAAGUUAGUGGAAUGAUUGGCGCAAACAUCUACCAAUCAAGUGACGCGCCUCGAUACUUCAAAGCCAACAAGGGCCUACUCGUUAUUUGCGUGUGGAUGUGUUUGAUCCAAUACCCGGGCACAUACUUUUACUACCGAUGGCGCAACCGCUCAAAGGCCAAGAAGUGGGAUGCCAUGAGCCCCGAGGAGCAACACCAUUACAGGAAAACCACCACCGACAAGGGCAACAAGCGCCUCGAUUUCCGCUUCGCCACUUAA